UACAUAUUAACAUAUAACACAAAAGAUUUGUUUAAGAACUGUGUUUAAUUGUUAAAUGCCUAUUUUCGCAGUCAUCCUGCAUCUCUGACUUGUCAUAAAUAUUAAUUAUAUUAAAAUUAAAUAAAUAUAUUUUUAAUUUGCAGACAUGUAAUAUCUAGUGCAUUCAGUGAUGUUUUUCUUUUUUUCAGCAGAACACAGAACAUCUGAGCUUUGAGAAUUUCCAAAGCAACAACAUCACAAGAUCCAAGUAAUAAUACAUACACAAUACAUUAGAACCUAAACAUGUAUAGACCUAGCUCGUAUAGAAAUACAAAUAUAGCUUAAUACAUGUGCAGUACAUGUACAAAAUAUUGACAAUAGCACACAUUUACACACAUCACAAUGUCCUACUGGACAAAAAGAAGAAAGACUUUGGCCACUGUGCAAGAGAUAGAACAGGAGAUUUUGAAUGAAUACAAAAUACAAACAGAAAACAAUCCCGAAUCUACUGCACAAGUUAACGCAUCUCAAAACUUUGAAAAUAGAGAUGAAUUGCCUUCUUGCAAUAUAGUUUCCUCUCUUGCGACCGACCACGAUAACCCAUGUUGGCUUGAUUCUGAUUCUGAAUCUCUUUCUGACAGUGGUAGUAUCUCUGAUACAGACCAACCAAAUGCAGAAUCUGACAGCAGUAGCAACGAUUCAGUUAAUCAGUUGCAAAAAAAACUGCAAACAUGGGCAGCAUCUUUUUGCAUACCUCUCAUAGCUCUAACAGCACUACUGGCAAUCUUGAGGUCCGAAUUUCCUGAUUUGCCCAAGGAUGCAAGGACUCUUCUUGGCACACAGACAAAGGUACCUGUAACUAAGAUAUGUAAUGGGGAAUAUUACCAUUUUGGCCUGGUCAGUUGUCUACUGAAGACAUUGGACCAUAUUGCCAGUUUGCCAAAAAUAACAACUCUUGCUUUGCAAUUUAACAUUGAUGGAAUUCCCCUUUUCAAAAGCUCCAAAACUCAAUUUUGGCCAAUUCUCGGAACGAUUGACUGUGACAAAACACGAUCGCCAUUUAUAAUUGGUUUAUUUUGUGGCAAUAGCAAACCAAGCUCAGUCUGGGAAUACUUGAGAGACUUCAUUGCAGAACUGAGGAUAGUUCUGCGUGAAGGUAUUGUGAGGAAUGGAACUCGGUUUAAGGUUGUAGUCUCCUCCUUCAUAUGUGAUGCCCCUGCAAGGGCAUUUGUCAAACAUGUCAAGUCUCACAAUGGCUACUAUGGCUGUGACAAGUGUUCCCAGACUGGAGUUUGGUCCAAUAAAAUGACGUAUCCUGAAACUGACGCACCUUUACGUACGGACGAUGACUUUGAAAAAAUGAAAAAUGAAGAACACCAUUUGGGUAACAGUUUAGGCCCCUUGACUGGAGUAGUAAAAAUGAUAACCCAGUUUCCAAUUGAUUACAUGCACACCUGCUGUCUCGGAGUGACAAGAAGACUGAUUCAAAUGUGGAUGAAAGGCAAACAGCUCAGAACAAGGUUGUCUUCACAGCAAAUUCAAAAGAUCUCAGACAGGCUUGUUGCUCUCCGUCCUUUUAUGCCUAAAGAAUUUGCCAGAAAGCCUCGUUCGUUGAGAGAUGUGGAUAGAUGGAAGGCCACAGAGUUCCGUCAAUUUAUGAUCUAUACUGGGCCGAUUGUUUUAAAAGGAUUUGUCGAAAAUGAAAUUUACGACAAUUUUAUGCUCUUUUCUGCUGGCAUGUUUCUGCUCCUCAGCCCUGGCCUUCCUGGUUCAAUGAUAGAAAUUGCCAACAAGAUUCUGUCAUCAUUUGUAAAACAUUACAGCCAGCUUUACGGCACAGAUGAAGUUGUUUACAAUGUUCACCAAGUGAUUCAUCUUGCAGAAGAGUAUAAAGCAUUUGGCCCUCUUGACAACAUAUCUGCAUUUCCAUAUGAGAACUACUUAGGAACACUGAAACGGUUGGUUAGAAAACCAGAUCAACCUUUGCAGCAGGUUGUCAGAAGACUAUCAGAAAUGCCCACAAAACAAUCUCACAAAUCAAAUCAAGAAUCACAUCUCUCUUCAAGUACAAAAGACCCAAAGCUGGUGCAUUUCUCUGAUUGUGUUUUAUCACCAAACCAAGGAGACAACUGCAUUCAAAUUGACACAGGCAUUGCUGUAAUUAAGAACAUAAUGAAACAGGGUGAAACUGUCCAUUUAGUGUGUCAGACGUUCAAGAAAAUGGAAUCUUUUUACACUUACCCGUGCGACUCCUCUGCAAAUGGCUGUCACAGAGUCUCUGUCUUGCAAGAAAAGACUGAUUUGGUACCUUUGUCUAGUGUAAAACAAAAAUAUGUCCUUCUUCCAGAAAAUGAAAACAGUUUUUUUGCGCUACCCCUCAUCCAUUGUAGAUAAAGUUCCCUAAGCAUAGAAAACACAGUAAAUACUUACAUGUAGUGUCAGCUUCUUUUGGGAUUUUUUUAAUAAUGCUAACCACAGACUAAUUGCAUCAAAAGUAACAGUCUGUAUUGCGUAAUUUAUGUGUGUGCACAUUAUAAUACACAUAUCAUACAUGUGCCUAUAUAUAUAUAUAUAUAUAUAUACACACACCUGUAUGUAUGUCUGUAUGUAUAUUUUGCACUAUUACAAUAUUUUUUAUCAAUUGAAUUUAUUACAAUACUAAACAUACAAUACAUAUUUUAUAUAUAAAUAGUUAUGUUUAU